GUACAACUGGUAUGACAAAAAAGGCUAUUACAACAUUCACCUUAAUUCUUCUUCUCUUGUUCUUCUUUUUCUUUUUUCUACUCUUUUCUCAUAUUAGUAUCAUAGUUAUUUAAAUUAACCAAAUCCUGUUAAAAAUGAGGCUUUAUAAGAUUGUUGUUUUAGGAGAAGGUGGAGUUGGAAAGACAGCACUCACUAUUCAGCUUUGCUUGAAUCAUUUUGUUGAGACAUACGAUCCUACUAUUGAAGAUUCGUAUCGUAAACAGACUGUUAUAGAAGAUAUACCAUGUCUGUUAGAAGUAUUGGAUACUGCAGGGCAAGAGGAAUAUACUGCCUUACGAGAUCAGUGGAUUCGUAGUGGAGAAGGGUUUCUAAUUGUGUAUUCAAUUACUUCCCGUAUGACAUAUGAUCGAGUCAAUAAAUACCGAGAUCAGAUUUUCCGAGUCAAAAAUACCAACUGUAUACCGAUGGUCUUGGUCGGCAACAAAUGCGACAAGAUUACCGACAGAGAAGUGACGAGAGAAGAAGGGGUAUCAAAAUCACGCUUGAUUGGUUGUGAGUUUGUCGAGACGUCCGCAAAAACAUGUGUCAAUGUAGAAAGAUCUUUCUAUUCGGUUGUUCGAUUGAUUCGGCAGGGACGAACGGGAAUCAGGGAAGAAGCACAAAAGCAGGAAUUUAAAAAAGACAAAAAAUGCGCUAUUUUAUGAUCUAGAAUGAAUAAUAGAUCAGUCACCAAUGCUUACUCAUUUGUUACAAUAUUUGUUAUAAAAAACUACUUAAAGCAUCUUGUUUU